AUGUCCAAGGCAAAACAGGCGGCAUACGCUGCAUCGCCUGCUGCUCAGUCGGGAAGCAGUGCGUCCUUCGCCCAGGGCUUCGUGCUGGGUCAAUUGACUCUGGCUCUGAUCCUGAUAUUCCUGAUCAAGUUCUUCAUCUUCGGCGAACCUCCAUCGGCCGACAGUCGUGCAGCAACACGAGCAGCCCUCCGUCGCCAACGUACCCUCUCGCACGCCUCGUCUCUGCGCCAUCGCUCCUUCUCCGACCUCCGUCUACGCAAACGCAGUUCUGCUGCCGUACUCGCUCCACGCAACAUCUCGUCCGGCGGUGCAGUCCUCACAACGGACAAGAUUUUGGAAAAGACGUACUACAAUGUUGACGGACACCAGCCAGAGAGCUUGGACUGGUUCAACGUCCUGAUCGCGCAGACAAUCUCUCAGCUGCGUGCAGAUGCCCUCGAAGGGGAUGCCGUACUGACUUCGCUCACAAACGCCCUCAAUGGCGGACAACGCCCACAAUUCAUCGACGAGAUCAAGGUGACUGAGAUCUCGUUGGGAGAAGAGUUCCCCAUCUUCAGCAAUUGUAGGGUCAUCCCUGUCGACGAGAAUGGUCAACCUGUCAAACAAAUGCCCACCAAGAAGGGUGCAAAUAGAGGAGGGCUAGGAGAGAGCAGAUUGCAAGCACGCAUGGAUGUCGAUCUUUCAGACGUCGUCACCUUGGGCAUUGAGACAAAACUCGUCCUAAACUAUCCCAAGCCCUUCUCGGCCGUUCUGCCCGUCGCUCUGGCCGUCUCGGUCGUUCGCUUCUCUGGCACUCUAUCCCUCUCCUUUACCCCCUCCCAACAACCAGACGCUCCCACAAAUGAGUCUGAGUCGUCCUCGGCAAAUCCCUCGUCCUCGCCUACAACUCUUACCUUCACCUUCCUCGAUGACUACCGUCUGGAUCUCUCUGUACACUCUUUGAUUGGCUCACGCGCUCGCCUGCAGGACGUUCCCAAGAUCGCCCAAUUGGUAGAGCAGCGCAUCCACGCCUGGUUCGACGAACGCUGUGUGGAGCCUCGUUUCCAGCAAAUCGUCCUUCCUUCCCUCUGGCCGCGUAAGAAGAACGUCCGUGGGGGUACCGAUGAAGUCCCCGAGGAUGCCAUCCUAUCGGAUGCAGAGAUGGAUGCCGCAGCUUCAUCGUCCAAGCCANNCGCAACCACCAAGCCGGAAGAGCUCAUGACCGAAGGAGAGAGAUUGGCAGCCGCUGGUGAAGAGCUCAGAGCUGCUGAGCAGAGAGAGUGGUCGAGAGAGCGUAGGAGCAGGGAAAGACACAACAAGAACNAAUGA